GGUCAUCUGAACUGUAUGGCGUGGCUGUUCCUACUGGUCAUCAUCGGAGUAAUCCUCAUUUUUGUGGAGGUAGGAGGAUACAGUAUGGCCGACUACCUUCCCUAUAAGGCCCACCCCAUCUUGGGUAUCAUCAUUCUCAUCUGUGUAAUCCUCAACCCCAUCAUCGCCCUGAUCCGACCAGAAGAUGACCACAGAUGUCGCCCAGUCUUUAACUGGUUCCACUGGGCAUUUGGCACUAUUGCCUGGUGUCUAGCAA